UGUUAGUGGGUUUUGUUUGCUUGUGGAAAGAAGAAAGUGAAAAAUUAAGGAUUUUUACCCUUCCUGAAAGUAGUUGUAUAUAGAUCAUAGAGUUCUCAUUCUUGUAAGUUGGUAUUGUUUUGAAGGGUCUCAUAAUUUGUGGGCAUGUGGGGAGCAGAGACAUGUUCGACAUGCAUUUGGUAAUUCCAAGGCUUUGAGGUUGUAAAAAAGAUAGUGGAAAACAAGGGUUUUGCUUUCUUCAAGAUAAUCGAUUGCAGAUGAGAACAAACUGUUUGGUGUUAGUGAAAACAGAAGAACCAGUUAUGUCUUUGAAGUAAGGUGCUAAGGGAAACGGCUAGUUAUUUCAGCGCCUGAUUAAAGCUUCUUACUGCAGGGCUACAUUUUCCUUGGAAGCUCAGAUCAGGCCCAUCUUUACCACCUUCUGUUAUCAAUGUUGGACAUGGGAAAAACAGCUGAGAAUCGAAUCUGUUCCUCCUUGUGCUUCUCCAGAACCUUUGGGCUAUGUAUUGCAGUCCUUGUUCCUUCUUUAGUUAUCACAUUCCAUGUUAGUUUUGGGUUGUCUCCUUUCCUUCUUAGCAUUCCAAUUUUGGUUCUAUCAACCAUGUUCAUUGUCACAUUCAAGAAGAAAAGGGUGAUUUUGGAUGAUAAUCCAGUGCAAGAUGAUGAGGAUCUCAUCUAUGACCAGAAAAUCCUGCAUGGAAAAGAAGUUGGAGACACACUUCAUGAGCCAUUACUAGAAACAGCUAGCCAGACCAAGGCCGCCCGACAACAAGAAAAUGGUCUGAUGCAAGAGUACCAAGAUGAAUCGCCUCCGGAUAUUCUAUUUUCAUCAGACAGUGAAAGCAGCAAUGACUCUAUAAUAGGUGAAAACUUUGAUCUCAAUCUGAUGAGUUCCAACUAUAUGGAACAAGAUGAAGCAAUCUCAGAUGUUUCGGUUUCUGAUGAAGAUGAUGAUAGCCUCAUUGAAAUAUCCCUUCCGGGCAGCAAGUCAGGUGUCCUAGAUCAUGAUCAAGAGCCAAAGCAAAAGCCACAGUACUCCAAUAUUCAUGAUCUCUUGCCGGAUUCAAUUUUCCAGCAACAAAGCUUAAUGGAGCUCUUGACAGAGAUCAAUGAAAUGAACGAGGAAGAAAAUUUGAUCGAGAUUGAUCUUUCAAAGGGACCCCAUCAAAUGUUCAAGGUUAGAGAUUGAAACUAGCACUGUAAAGAGAUCAAUUGGUUGCAAGUUUUGAUCUCAAUGAAUGAUGAUCAUGAGAGGAUUAGGGUUCAGAUGAGGGUAUAGGUGUUUGUUAGUUUUUUGUUCAUCCAGUUGUGGGACUUCUGCCUCUCAUUUACUUGGCCUUUUCUACAAGGCUUGACUCUUUGACCAGUAGAGCACGCCUAGCUUAGCCUUUUUUGCUUUUAUAAUCCCUUAAUAAGCACUCAAGGAAAAACAAAGUAAAAGAGGCUUUCUUGUUUAGAUGAUUUUGCUUGGCAUGGAAUCCUAGUUGGAUUUGCACUUUUUCACGUUCUUUCCCGUGAUGUGCAUAGGCACCGCUGAGGCCCUGUUUGUUUCCCUUGAAAAGGAUCCAGUCUAUGUCGUUAAGUUG